UACAACAACACCCCUCCAUUUCUCUUCAAAUUCUCACUUCCCCCCUCGUUACCCUCAUUUCUCCUCUCUCUCUCUCUAGGGCACCAUCGAAAUGCCCCUCUUUAUCUCCGACGAAGACCUCCACCGCCUCUCCGGCGACUCCACCGCCGUUGCCGCCAAAGCCGACGCCUUCAUUCGCAACCUCCUCAACGAACUCGACACUAUCCGCGCCAAAGCCGAUGCCUCCGACAUCAACGCCGAGCAGAAUUGCUCUCUCGUUGAACAGAAGUAUCUCUCCCUCUCCGCUGAGUUCUCUAAGCUUGAAUCGCAUGCUGUGAAUCUUCAAUCGACUCUUGAUCAACAUGUUCGUGAUCUCGAUGAUGCGAAAGCGAAGAAUCACCAAUUUCACUUGCAAUUGGUCGAGAAGGAUAGAGAGGUAGAGAGGUUGAGGACGGAGGUGAGUGAGCUGCACAAGUCAAAGAGGCAAUUGAUUGAGUUGAAUGAACAGAAGGAUCUGGAGCUUAGUGAGAAGAACACAACCAUCAGGAGUUACCUUGAUAAAAUUGUUCAUUUGACGGAAAAUGCGUCCCAUAAGGAGGCACGCAUUAGUGAAGUUGAGGCGGAAUUGGGGAGAUGCCGGGCUGCUUGCACUCGCCUCGAGCAGGAGAAGGAGAUUGUUGAGAGGCAAAAUGCUUGGCUUAAUGAGGAGUUGACUGCUAAAAUCAACAGUUUCUUAGAGAUGCGUAGAAAACAUACAGAAUCGGAGACCGAUAUAUCUUCCAAACUUGCAGAUGUUGAAAGACAAUUCAGUGAAUGCUCUAAAUCUCUACAAUGGAAUAAGGAUAAAGUAAGGGAGCUAGAAAUGAAGCUGAAGUCUACGCAAGAGGAAUUAAUAUCAGCUAAAGGUGACGCUGCAGCCAACGAAGAGCAAUUAUCUGCUGAACUUUCAACUGUCAACAAGCUUAAUGAGCUCUACAAAGAGAGUUCUGAGGAAUGGUCAAGAAAAGCAGCGGACCUAGAGGGUGUUAUAAAAGCGAUGGAGUCACAGCUAAAGCAAGUUGAAGAUGAUUAUAAAGACAGACUUGAGAAGGAAUUUUCUGCUAGAAAGCAGUUUGAAAAGGAGGCUGCUGACUUGAAAGAAAAGCUAGAGAAGUGCGAAGCUGAAAUUGAGACAAGCAAGAAGAUGAAUGCACUAAGCAAUCUUCCACUUCAAAGCUUCUCCACUGAACCGUGGAUGACAGCUAUUGUAACUGAUAACAUGGAUGAAGAAAAUAAUGCACUAGUCUCAAAAAUUCCUGUUGGGGUUUCGGGAACAGCAUUAGCUGCUUCACUUUUGCGAGAUGGGUGGAGUUUGGCGAAGAUGUAUGCAAAAUACCAAGAGGCUGUUGAUGCUUUGAGACACGAACAAUUGGGAAGGAAGGAGUCAGAGUCAAUUUUGCAACGGGUCCUAAACGAAUUGGAAGGGAAGGCAGAAGCCAUAGAAGAUGAGAGAGUGGAACAUGACAAGAUGGCUGAUGCAUACUCUUUGAUGAACCAAAAGCUGCAACAUUCCCUCAACGAAAAUUCCAACUUAGAGAAAGCCAUCCUGGAACUGAAGGCUGACCUCAAAAGGCAUGAACGUGAAUAUAAUCUUGCCCAGAAAGAAAUUGAUGACCUUCGAAAACAGGUGACAGUACUUUUGAAAGAAUGCCAAGACAUACAAGUUCGUUGUGGGUCAUUUGGUAACAAUAUCAAUGCUAAUGCAACAAAUAUUUCUUCAAGAACAAAUACAGCGACCGAUGCUGAAAGUAUCAUAUCACAGCACCUUUUAACUUUCAAGGACAUUAAUGAAUUAGUUGAGCAGAAUGUCCAACUCAGAAGCCUUGUACGCAGUCUCUAUGAACAGUUUGAAAAUCAGAAGGUGGAGUUCAAGGAAAAUCUUGAAAUGGAACUCAAAAAACAUACAGAAGAGGCUGCUUCUAAAGUUGCGGCUGUUCUGCAGAGAGCGGAAGAACAAGGGCAGAUGAUUGAAUCGCUUCAUACAUCUGUCGCAAUGUAUAAAAGGUUGUAUGAGGAGGAGCAUAGUCUUCAUUUAUCUCACACCCAUUCUUCAGAAGCUCUUGCAGCUGCUGCAGAAGUUGGAAGAAACAACGUCAAUACUUCAAUUGAAAGUUCACAGGAAAUUGCUAAGAAGUCUCUUGAAAAAGCUGCAGAGCGUGUAAGAUGUCUUGAGGAUGAAUUAGCAAAAUCUAGGAGUGAGAUUAUUGUAUUACGAUCAGAGCGUGACAAAAUUGCACUAGAAGGAAAUUUUGUUAGAGAGCGGCUUGAUAGCUUUAUGAAGGAAUUUGAAUACCAGAAAGCUGAAGCAAAAGGCGUUUUGGCAAGAAAUGUGGAGUUUUCUCAGCUAGUUGUAGAUUACCAACGGAAAUUGCGGGAAAGUUCAGAGUCAAUGAGUGCUGCUGAGGAGCUAUCGCGGAAACUUUCUAUGGAGUUGUCGGCAUUAAAGAAUGAAAAGGAAGUUUUAUCAAAUGCUGAAAAGAGAGCAUCUGACGAGGUUCGCAAUUUAUCUGAAAGGGUGUAUCGCUUGCAGGCUACUUUGGGUACCAUUCAAAGUGCUGAAGAAGUUAGAGAGGAAGCAAGAGUUGCAGAGAGGGUAAAACAAGAAGAACAUACAAAGCAAUUGGAGAGGGAAUGGGCCGAAGCCAAGAAAGAGUUACAGGAAGAGAGAGAAAAUGUGCGGAGACUUGCGCUUGAUCGGGACCAGACCAUGAAAAAUUCUCUGAGACAGGUUGAGGAUAUGAGCAAAGAGUUAACUAAUGCACUGGGUGCACUUGCGUCUGCAGAAUCUAGGGCUGCUGUCGCUGAGGCAAAACUCUCAAGUAUUCAGAAACAAAUGAGUUCCACAGAUGGGCAGCUUGUCAAUACGGAAUCAGUGAGUGGAUCUUCCAUUUUAUCCAGAGAUGAGGUUGUUGCUGAAUUGCAAACAGCAAAAGAAGAGAUUGAGAAACUGAAAGAGGAAGUACAUGCUAACAAAGCACACAUGCUGCAGUAUAAGAGCAUUGCUGAGGUGAAUGAAGAUGCAUUGAAACAAAUAGAAAGUGCACACGAGGACUACAAGAUAGAGGUUGACAAUACAAAGAAAUCUCUAGAGGCUGAACUGAAUUCACUUAGAGAGAAGAUUUCAGAGCUUGAAAAGGAAGCUAGUUUGAAAUCUGAUGAGGUUGUAUCUGCAACUGCUGGAAAAGAAGAGGCUCUGACAUCUGCUUUGGCUGAGAUAACACAUCUUAAAGAAGAAAUUUUAACCAAAACUUCUCAAAUCUCAGAAAUGGAAGUUCAGAUAUCUGGUUUAAAAGAACACCUGGACAAAGAGCAUCAGAAAUGGCGUGCAGCUCAAACGAAUUACGAAAGACAGGUUGUUCUCCAGUCAGAGACUAUUCAGGAGUUGACUAAAACAUCUGAAACACUAGCCUUGCUGCAGGAGGAAGCAUCUAAAUUACGUAAAUUAGCUGAUGCUCAGAAAAUUGAAAAUAAUGAACUAAAGGCUAGGUGGGAAGAGGAGAAAGCAAGACUAGAGAAGUCUAAGUGUGAUGCUGAAAAGAAAUAUGAUGAAAUAAAUGAGCAGAAUAAAAUCUUACACAGCCAACUUGAGGCGUUGCAUAUUCAAUGGGCUGAGAAGGAGCGCAAUGCUGCUGGUAUUUCACCUGGAAGUAGGGGUGAUACAUUUGGUGAUGCUGGCCUUCAAAACGUUGUGAACUAUCUCCGCCGUUCAAAAGAAAUUGCAGAAACAGAAGUUUCAUUAUUAAAACAGGAAAAGCUGCGAUUACAGUCACAGCUUGAGAGUGCUUUGAAGUCAGCAGAAUCUGCUCAUGCAUCUCUAGAAGCUCAGCGUGUAAAAUCAAGAUCAUUUAUGUUUACUGAAGAAGAAAUCAAAUCCUUACAACUUCAGGUCAGGGAAAUGAACUUGCUUCGUGAGAGUAAUAUGCAGCUCAGGGAAGAAAAUAAGCACAAUUUUGAGGAAUGUCAGAAAUUGCGUGAACUAGCAGAACAGGCAAGAACUGCCAGAGAUAAUCUAGAGAAUCUUGUAAGGGAAAGAGAAAGUGAACUGGAAGGCCAGAAAAAAGAGAUUGAAACACUAAAAACGGAAAAGGAACAUCUCAAUUACAAGGUUUCAGAGUUGCUUGAAAGGUGUAAAAAUGUUGAUGCGGAGGAUUAUGAUCGAGUGAAGAAACUUGUACAAGAUUUGCAGGGUAAACUAAGAGACAGGGAUGCUCAGAUUGAGGAAACUAGUAAAAUUCUUUCAGAAAAACAGGAAUCUUUUUCACGUUUAGAGCAAGACCUUUCAAACUGCAGAUUGGAACUUGUGGAAAAAGAGAAGAGAAUUAAUGAAAUUCCAAAAAUUGAGGCUAACCAUAAACAGGAUGUGGAUAAGAAUAGGAAACUGCUGGCCCAUUUUAAGAGAAGGAUUGAGGCAUUAAAUACGGAAAAGGAAGAGCUGGUGAAAGAGAAUCAGCAACUUUCUGGACAGUUAAAUAAGGAAAAGGAAGAGCUAGGGAAAGAGAAUCAGCAGCUUUCUAGACAGUUAGAUGAAAUUAAACAACAAGGGAAAAGAUCAACAGGUGAUACAGCUGGUGAACAAGCGAUGAAUCAAGAAAAGGACACCAGAAUACAGAUGCUGGAAAGAACUCUGGAGAGAGUGAGAGCUGACUUAAACAAGGAGAAGGAAGACAAAACUGCGGAGAGAAAUAGGCGACUGAAAAAUGAAAAGGCCAUAGCGGACUCUUACAAAAAUAUUGACCUGGAGAGAAAACAGUUUGUUAAUGACCUCGAGAGGCAUAAGGAGGCGCUGAAGCGAUUGUCUGAUGAAGUUGAAAAGCUUAAGACUCUUGUUGGUAAUCUUCCUGAGGGAACCAAUGCUGCUCAACUUCUUUCGAGAUCCAAUGUUGAUGACUUCUCUGCUCCUUAUAUGGCUGCUGUUGAAAAUUUUGAAAAGGAAGCUCAUGCAGUAUGUGUCACUCUUGGUGAUCCAUCAACAAUUACAGAUAGCUCAGCAGCUGCUACAGGUUCUCUGGUCCACACUCAACCUCCAAGCAUAUUACCCUCAACGGCCCCUGUGACAAGCAGUUUACCACCUAAGGCCACUGGAGAAAGUGAGAAAAGGCUUGCACUGACGAAAUCUAGUAAUGAAACUCGUAAAACUGGUAGGAGACUGGUCAGGCCACGACUAGUAAAGCCAGAUGAACCACAAGGGGACACUGAAAUGUCUGAUGCUGAAGGACUUGGGGGCAACAAACCUGGACCUUCUAGUGACGCAGAAACCCAAAGCAAUUUUGGUACAUCAUCUCAACCAGUGGCUCGGAAACGUGUUGCUCCCACCUCAACAUCUGAGUUGCGUGAAGAAUCUUCGGCACCUGGUGAGAAGAGCUCUGAUGUAGCAGCACCUGCGUUAAAGAAGCCCAAAGGAUCUGAGUUUCCAGAAGACAGCGGCGAAGAACAACCUGCUACAACCCCAGAAUUCACUUGCAGUCAUCCAGUUGCUGAAGAAUCAUUUGAAAGUGGUGAGUUGCCACAAGGCCAAAAUGAGGAAGUAGGUGAGGCUCAAAAUGAUGAUGAGAAUGCUGUGGGGAAGGACGAAGAAUCCGAAGAUCCACCAAACAUGGAUGGUUCUGGUCAAGAGGAAUUACAAGAUGACAAGACUGGAGUUUCAGAAGAGAAUCUGGAUCAACCAACAGAAACACAAAUGGUGUCUGAUGAGAUGCAGAGGGAUCAUACUGAGAUAGACAACCAGCAAUCAACAUUGCCUCUCAGUAGUGAGACAGAAGAGGGAGAGAUGUUGCCAGAAGCCGGAGAUCCUGAGGGUGGUUUUGAUGGAUCUAACAUGGAAAACCAAGAAUCUCGGGAGGCAACUCCUGAACCUUCCCCAGCUAGGGUUGAUGAUGAUGAUGCUUUAGAGGCUGGUGAGAUUAAUUCGCCUGAGAUUUCAACCGAUGAUAAGAAUGAUGAAGGUGACUUGGCUGAGGAUGCUGCUGAUGGAUCUGAUAAAUUAGCUGAUGUUAACAAAGCAACAUCAGUUGAGAGUGAUCAGGUGGUUGAGCCUGCACCUGUCGCGAGCGAGAGUAAUUUGCAGAGUAGCGUUGCAGAAAGUAGUUCCUCAAAAUUACCUGUUUCAAAGCAAGGGGCGACGAGGUCUCCCUCUAAAACAGAAGACGUAAAGCCAACAUCACCCGUAAAGCCAACAUCACCAAUUAGUGAUAUGUCAACUACAACUACCAUUAAUUUACAAGAGCGAGCCCGAGAGAGAGCUCAAUUGAGACAAGCUGGACAAGCUGGGGUGUUUUCCACCACAGCAAGAGGUCGCGGCAGAAUUCCCCGUGGUCGGGUUGUUCGAGGUCGUGGUCGCAGACCACCAUCUAGUGAUGCAUGAAUGCAAUGAAUCCAUCUGUAAUUGACAAAACUAUUUGACUUUUGCAUUAAGUCUUGUGAACUUCCUCUAGUCUGGUAAAAUAGUUGACUUACGAGUAGGUGUAAAUGGGCAAUCAGUUAUAAUAUUAUGUAAAUACAAUUUUGUUUUGCACUUAUUUCUGCUUUCUAGUUUUGUUUUCAUUAUGCUGUGGCAUAUAUUAAUGCUGAAUUGAGAUCGAUUUAUAUGCUUGUAUCAUAAUAGAAUGAUGAUUUUAUUUCA